UCCCCCAACACACACACGGGGAGUUCUCCGGCAGAUACCGCUGCCGACACAUUCCUCUGCUCGGUAAGGAAACCCACACGCUCUUUUGGAUACUUUUUUAUGGAUUUUAAUGCCUGAGUUAAUAUUUUUUCAAGCACUACUUUCGGGUAGUUUGCGUAUCUUUUCUUUUGGCGACGAGCGGCUGCGGCGCUGGGCUGAGUGUAUCCACAAGCUGUGUAUAAGUGCUCUCUACCAGCCCCUCUCUGGAUGCAUCAGACUCCUCUUCCCCGGGGCCCUGGACCCGGUGUGUGACCCCGCCAUCCUCACCCCGCUCCCCCCGCUCCCCCCCUCGUCUCCCCUCUCGCUCUGCUGCCGACUCUCUUCCACCUGUCCAAUCCGGCGCUCCUUUUCUGGGCCCCCUGCCUCUCGAUCAGCAGGGAGAGGCAGGGGGCCAUGGCAUGGCCAUGGUAACCUUUGCAGGACACAACCCCCUUGCCAUGAGCAGCGUCACCCCUCCAGAGGGCAGGGUUCAGGGGUCGAACUUUACCCCGCAUCAUUUCAAGCCCUUCAGCUCGCAUGAACACUACCAGCAGGUGAUGCGUGCACUGCAUAAGCUUCAGCAGAGUGGCUUUUACUGGGGAGCUGUUGGAGGCCGGGAAGCCAGCUCCCUGCUACGCUCUCAACCCCCUGGCACUUUCCUGGUCCGUGACUCCUCAGACCACCACCACUUCUUCACACUCUCUGUCCAGACAACUAAGGGAACCAAGAAUCUGCGAAUCCACAGUGAGGGACGAGGCUUCUUCCUACAGCCAGACCCCCAAAAUACCCAGGAGCUCCCGCAAUUUGACUGUGUGCUGAAACUCAUAGCGCACUACAUGGGGAAGGGGCAAGAUACUGAAGGAACCAAGGAACGGGCGAGUGGGGACAAUCCAGGAGAGACAAAAACAAAGGCACACAAUGUUUAUCUGAUCCACACCGGUGGGGAGAAAAUCCCCCUGGAAUUGCGUCGACCCCUCUCGACUUGUCUCUCCAGCCUGCAGCACAUGUGCAGGAGGACGCUGAACAAUCAGGGCCUGGGGGCGUCUGAGCGGACUGAGCAGCUCCCGGACACACUUAGAGACUACCUGGAGGAGUAUGAUGCUCCUAUAUGACUGACAGGAACUGCGAAAGGUUCUACUGCAUGGACCAAGUGCCAGGAUUACAGCACGGACCAGCUCUCGGUGAAUGCGAGAUUGUCUGUGUGGACAUAAACUGACCAGACUGAGCCUUAAGUGCUAACAUGAGGUCAGUUUUCCAGAAUCAGCUGAUCACUGAUCUACUCUGGGUCACCCGCUGACCUUGUGGGGAUGAGGAGUGUGAUUUGGGUAACCGACGAUUACCUCGUCCGUCCUGCCUUGCAAAAACACAAAAACAAAAAAAAACAAAAACACUGACCAUUCAAGUGAGUGGCAGAUGAAGCCCGAGGUCAAAGGUCAACGUUUCCUAUGACUGACUGAGACGCAGAGCAGUGCCUCGUAGAAGAUUAACCUGACUGGUCGAUAUUAACGAUGACAGCGAAGGCAUGAUCAAUGCACCACCGGUGAUAUCUUGGUGGGUUUAAUGUGCUUCUAAAGAAAGCUGCUGCUGUCUGCGUGACAUUUACAACUGGACAGACAAACGGCAGUGGGUAGAGAGAGUGGAUGGAUUGGGGGGUGGGGGUUUCAGAGAAAAGGCAAAGUCCAAACGAGGGGGGCCCUGUACAGAGAACGCACAGGAUUUGUUUGUCUGAGUGUGAGCGUGAGUGUGUGUGUGAGUGUGUUUGUGUUGUGGUGGUGCACACAUUUCCAUUGCUGCUUCCCGCAAGUGUUGCCUCAUAGAGGGGGAGUGGGACGGUCAUGCACUCUAGCUCCACAUAUGCAAACACACACCCUCAAACACACACACGCACAGGUAUAGACCACAUGAAGGUUUUGUUAGCAUGGGAGUUUUGGGGGAUGGGGGGAGGUUAAAAAAAUAAUUACUAAGCAUUUUCUUCUCCUAUGUGUUCCUUGUUCCUGAUCCAUAACCAUUUGACUGCCCAGCCCCCCCUCCCCCUGCCUUUUUGUUUCAGAGAUGCAUGUAUGCUUUGACAGUGACAGAAAACAGGCCGCUCUUGCCGAGACAAAAGCUUUUUUACCGGGACAAAAGCCCUGGCAUGGGACCAAACAAAACAGCAGAACUUAUUUUUAUCCCGACUGGCUGGAAAAAUGUCAGCGACACUGUAAAGCUCCUUGGGGGAAUGAUGAUAAUGGUGAUGAUCCCAAAGAUGCGGAGAGGGCGAGGAUUUUAAAGCAGAGGGAGGAGUGGGAUUGGGAGAAGGAAACUGAAAAGGAGGGGUAGACUUGGGGGAGAAAGGUGGGAGGAGACAUACUGGUAUACAGCUAAACAAAAACUCUGAUAAGAGGAAAUGAUAGAGCACAACAGGACGCCGCUCCUGUAAAUAUAACUGCCUCGUGUGAGGGGAAAAAAAGAUUUUAGCUGAGUCUUAUUUCUGUCUUAGAUUAUCAUCUCCGGCUCAUUUCUAUUUGUUAAAAUGCCCCAGUGUGUUUGAAUAUCUGUCUUCUCCUGUAACUUCAGAAAGGAUUUGUAUUUUUUACUUUGUCUACUUUUCCAUCAUAACCUCUGGAGGAGGAGAAGUGGACAGUUGGACUUGUCUGAAUGUUAAGGAUACACUACACUUUUCCCUCAAGUGAUUCUUAAAAAAGAAAAGAAAACAGCCUUUUGUAAACCAGAAUUCAAAACUUAGAUUUGAUCAAAAAAAGAAAAAAAGGAAGUGCUUUUGCUGUUUGACCCGUACCUGUGAUCCAUAUUGGAGUGGCAGCCUUUUAUGUUUUUGUCUGUUUGAGCUCACAUGGCCACUCGAGGUGAGGGCGGCACACUUUUUUUUUGGUCAAAUCUGGGUCACAUCAACACCAACUCUUUUUUUUUAUUUUUUACAUGUGUUGCACCGGUGGACCACGUGUAUGUGAAUCAUAUUGUCUUUUAUAAAGACUCUCUCGCAACAGGCUGGCCACUAGUCUGGCAAUACAAGCUGUAAUACCUGAAAUGACAAAGCAUUACAGAAAUAAAUGAAAAGGAACGUUGCACAUAUUUAUAUUUCUAAAAUAUUUCAAUAAUUUAUAUUAAAAAGCACUAUUUUUACAAAAGUCAA